AUGGGAGCAGGGGUGGAGCAGGGGGUGGAGCAGGGCAUCAUGGGAGCAGGGGUGGAGCAGAGCAUCCUGGGAGCACAUGCUGACACCCUGCUGCUCAUAUCACAGUGGACCGGAAGUAAGAAGGCUUCCUGUGUCCGUUUGAAGGAAAGGCCUGCAGUGACGGCGGUGGCUUUGCGGCCACCUUUCCCCAGGACCCUCCGUCUGUGGCUGUCCGUCUGCUUCACCUUCACGGGUGGCGAGUUUGUGACCCGGAACUCGCGCCCCAACAUCGUGCUGCUCAUGGCGGACGACCUCGGUGUGGGGGACCUAGGCUGCUAUGGAAACACUUCCGUCAGCACCCCAAACAUCGACCGUCUGGCCAGCGAGGGCGUGAUGCUCACGCAGCACCUGGCAGCUGCGUCCAUGUGCACACCGAGUCGCGCAGCCUUCCUCACGGGGCGCUACCCCGUGCGCUCAGGCAUGGCAUCACCCAACAACAUGUACCGUGAUGUCACGUGGCUGGGCGGGUCAGGCGGACUCCCGAGCAACGAGACGACGUUCGCCAAGAUGCUGCAGCACCGCGGAUACCGCACAGGGAUCAUAGGGAAGUGGCAUCUGGGCAUGAGCUGUGCAUCCCGUGGCGACCACUGUGCGCACCCGCUCAACCAUGGCUUCAACUUUUUCUAUGGGAUGCCGCUGGGGCUGCUGGGGGACUGCGGUGCCAGCUCCUGGCCGGAAGUGCACCGUAGGCUGCGCAUCCAACUGUGGGUGACAUCAGCAGCACUGGCCACCCUCCCCUUCCUGCUGCUGGUGCCCCGCCUGGCACGCUGGUUUUCUGUCCCCUGGACACUUGUGGCCGCUUCCGGCUUCCUGGCCGCGCUCUUCUUCCUGUCCUGGUUCAGCAGCUAUGGCUUCGUGCGCAGGUGGAACUGCAUCAUCAUGCGUGACCACGACAUUGUCCAGCAGCCAGCCGAGGAGGCCCGGGCAUCUGGGCUGAUGCUGAGGGAGGCACUGGCCUUCAUCGACAGGCAUAAGAGAGGCCCAUUCCUGCUGUUCCUGUCCUUUCUGCAUGUGCACACGCCCCUGCCUACACGCGGGAAUUUCGUGGGGCGCAGCAAGUUUGGGGCAUAUGGGGACAAUGUGGAGGAGCUGGACUGGAUGGUGGGGAAGGUCCUCGCUGCCCUGGACCGGGAGCGCCUGACCAAUCAGACCCUGGUUUACUUCACGUCGGACAACGGCGGCCGCCUGGAGGCCAAAGAGGGCAGCGCCCACGCGGGAGGCUGGAAUGGGGUCUACCGGGGAGGCAGUGGCACCGGUGGCUGGGAGGGCGGAGUGCGUGUGCCUGGCAUCUUCCGGUGGCCCACGGUGCUGGAGGCAGGACGGGUAGUCGAGGAGCCCACGAGCCUCAUGGACCUGCUCCCCACGCUGAGUCACGUGGGCGGCGGGAUCCUUCCCCACGACAGAGUGAUUGAUGGCCGGAAUCUGAUGCCGCUGCUGGAGGGCCGCGUGCAGCGCUCGGACCACGAGUUCCUGUUCCACUACUGCGGCGUUUUCCUGCACAGUGUCCGGUGGCACCAGAGGGACUGCAACACCGUGUGGAAGGCCCAUUACAUCACCCCCCACGGCUCCCCCGAGGGCGUGGAUGCCUGCCAUGGCAGCGGCGUGUGUGCGUGCUCAGGUGACGUCACCCACCACGACCCGCCACUGCUGUUCGACAUCUCACGAGACCCCGCCGAGUCUCGGCCGCUCAACUCAGAGAACGAGGUGCUGUUUGAGGCAGUGCUCAGCAAGAUGACCGCGGCCGUGAGGGAGCAUCGCGCCACCGUCACCCCUGUGCCCCACCAGCUCUCGGCCUUCAAUGCACUCUGGAAGCCCUGGCUGCAGCCCUGCUGUGGCGCUGCCUUCCCGUUCUGUGGCUGCUCAAGGGAGGACGCUUGAGUGUGGUGCUCCCCAAGGGCUACAUGCUCCCCAUGAGGUGCUACCUGAUGGCAGGGUGCUCCUCACAUGGUGCUCACAGAUGGCAGGGUGCUCCCCACGUGGUGCUCCCUAAGAAUCUGUGCUCUCAACACAGUGCUCACUGACAACUAGGUGCUCCCCACACAGUGCUUGCCAAGAGGCAUUGUCCUCACGGUGCUCACUGACUGCAGGGGUGCUUGCCAGGUAGUGCUCCCUAUUUGUUGCACCAAAUGAUGACCUGGCUUCUCAUAUAGUGCUCCCUCAGUGGAAGUGCUCCUUAAAGAGUGCUCUGUGGCGAUAUAUUGUGUACCCUAAUAUAUUAUGUACCCUAAUAAACUUAUCUGAGAAUCAGAGAAAAGAACAAGUC